AUGGAUUUCUCUUCUGUUUUCCAAGCUUUAGUCUUCGUGUCUCUCUUAGGUUUUUUAGUUGACCAUCUUUCCAAAAAGUUCAACACUAACAGUGUCCCUAAACCAUCAGGGGCACUGCCAAUCAUAGGUCACCUCCAUCUUCUCAGUGGCCAUGUCCCAGUAGCUCGAAUCCUUGCAGCCAUGGCGGACAAGCACGGUCCAAUAUUCUCACUCCGGAUCGGCCAACACCAAGUCAUGGUGCUGAGUAGUUGGGAACUUGUUAAGGACUGCUUCACCACCAACGACAGAGCUUUCGCUAACAGACCAAGCAGCUUAGCAGUAGGGAAGCACAUAGGCUACGACAAUGCUUCUUUUGCGCUUUCCCCUUACGGCCAAUACUGGCGUGAAAUUCGAAAGUUCGUAGAUCUUCACCUUCUCUCGUCCCAUAAGGUAACAUCGCUACAACACGUCCGAGUCUCUGAGGUUGACUCGUUUAUCAAGAGUUUGUUCUGUUUUCCAACUCAAGAUCAUGGUCAUCCGGUGCCUCUCAGUGAGUAUUUCGAGCACUUUUCUUUGAAUCUAACCAUUAAGCUGAUAGCCGGAAAGCACUUUUCUGCUAGUGCUUACUUGGAGAAGAACAGCGAAGCGUGUCGUCUUAAGAAUGCCAUAAGAGAAGCUUCGCAUUUGAGCGGUCUGUUCGUGUGGUCGGAUGCGAUUCCAUGGCUCAAAUGUUUGGACAUUGGUGGCCACUUGAGCUCCAUGAAGAGGACUUUUCAAGAGAUUGAUUCGGUGCUAGCGAACUGGCUUCAGGAACAUAAUCAUAACAACACUACUGAUCAGGAGAGAGACCUCAUGGACAUUAUGUUGUCCACCCACCUUGCCGAGAAAGAUGCAAUGAUCAAAUCUGGUUACAACCGUGAUACUAUCAUCAAAGCCACGGCACUGAUUUUAAUCCUAACGGGGACCGAAAGCACAUCUUUGACACUGACAUGGAUGAUCUCUCUACUGUUGAACCACCCAAGUGUGCUGAAGACUGCCCAAGAAGAGUUAGACAACCAUGUAGGAAAAGAGAGAUGGGUGCAAGAAUCAGAUAUUCACAACCUCAAGUUCCUCCAAGCCAUUGUCAAGGAAACUCUUCGUUUGUACCCGUCAGGCUCCAUUAUCCCACGCGAGGCCACCCAAGAUUGUUACCUCGGCGGCCACCAUGUUCGGGCUGGCACUCGUUUGAUCAUCAACAUAUGGAAGUUGCAUAGGGACCCGCGCACGUGGCACGACCCUUUGGAGUUUCGACCCGAAAGGUUCUUGACCACGAAUGCUGAUAUGAGCUUCCGAGAUCAAUAUUUCGAGUACAUUCCUUUCAGCUCGGGUCGAAGAUCGUGCCCCGGCAUGGGACUGGGUUUGCUGGUGGUGCAGCUGGUGCUGGCUCGGUUGGUUCAAGGGUUUGACAUGAAAACCAAAGAUGAUUUGCCAGUGGAUAUGGAGGAAGAAUUGGGCAUUGCCUUACCUAAGCUUAAUCCACUUAAUCUCGUCCUAACUCCUCGGCUUUCAUCGCAGCUUUAUGAGUGUCUUUGAAGCAGUGUUUUUAGUGAAUAAAGUUCUAAGUUGAUGCUAUAAAAUUAUGAAUAAUUUAAUGUUGUUGAACUCACUAUAUUAAAGUGGUAUUCAACACCAUAUAUCCCUAUAAUGAUUCUCUUUAAUAUAAUUAUAAGACAUAUAGCUAGUCUGGUUCCAUAGCUGCUUUUUAAAAUACUCACACAGUGAUAUCAUGCAUGCAUUUUUCUUCUAAAGUGGAAGGAGUACUACCCUACUGCUUUUGUUGUUG